UUAAUCACUGCAUUGUUAGCGUGAAAUCACUUUUUAACCUUUUCGGCUUCUCCGUCAAUUAGAAUCGCCGGCGACAAUAAUCUCCGACGACAAUAUUUUCACGUGUUUAUUGAAGCUAUGCGUAAACGAACAGCAGAAGCGUCUCUGUCACCUGGAAUCCAAAGAAACAGAGCAGACUCUUUUACUAAUUACAGAUCUCAAGUAACUGAGCUUUUGUCUCAAGGUGAGAGGAUCUCUUCUCAUCAUGAUCAACAACAAGAAGCCAGUGAGAGACAUUCUGAGAGUGUUAUAGGAGCUGGGAUGUCCAAUUUCGAGAAAGAGAAGUUGAAUGUCUUGUUAAGGCGGUGUGUUAGGAAUCUAACUCCAGAAGUUGAUGAGAUGCAGGAAUGUGUGAGCUCUAUGUACCUGAUUUCACAGCUAGGGAACAAAUGUCAGUCAUCCUCACCGAGCAAUUUCGUUCCUGAAGAAUCCGGAAGGGAGAGAGAAGAUGACAUUCAGCUACUUCUGAGUUCUGACCCUGAUAUGGUCAAGAACAUAACGUCCCAGUAUUCUAGUAUUCUGCUGUCCAAACUGGACAAUAUGCAGCAGGAGCUCGAGAAUCUUCUUGACGAUGUUGUGGCCACUUGCAGACCUAUGACUCAUGGUGAAAUUCGGGAGCUUCAGAACUCAAUCAAGGAGCUGCCUGAAAGAAAUCUCAACCGUGUCGCUGAAAUAGUAGGAAACCAUGACAUAUCAUAUGGCAGAGAUUUCAACGAUAAGGUUAUAGUCAACCUGGAUAAGGCGGACAACAUCAUGUUAUGGAGAUUGCAUUUCUAUGUAAGAGCAGUCAAGAGUGCCCAGAAGCUGGCGCCCUAGCUAAUUUAGGCUGUAUAUAUGGUUAGGAUUGCUAAGAUGGUCUGAUACUCUGAUGUGCUAAACCGGUUUCAUAUAUUUAUUAUUUUUCUUUUUCAUGAUUAGUCCGGUUAGGUCAUGUUGCACUUGGUCUUAUAUGGAUUAUCUGUUCUGCUUUUGCAAGACUUUGAUAUGUCAAAGAUUGAGUUAGACGGUCUGCAGAUUAUUUUGGUGUAUUACAAUCUCUAUUUUUUUUGUGUGUAUGCAAAGUAUAAUCUCUAUGCA